AUGUCCCUCUGGCACUCCUACCGCAGCCUCUCCCCACGAACACGUUUAAUCAUCGGCGGCGGCAUCAUAGCCUACGCAACCGCCGGCCUCUUCCUCUCCGACAAAGCCGAAAGCUUCUUUGGAUUCACACCAAGCGAACAAGACAAGCAAGCGCUGAAAGACGCCGUGCCGAGAGUGCAGUUUGUUGAGAAAGAGCGGUGA